UAGAUUCUCUUUCUUCUCUGUUACCCCUCUCGCGGCGAUUUGAAACGGCUAAAGUUCCGUUUUUUACGCUGUUCGAUGCGGAUACGGCAAUCAAGGUUUGUAAAAGAUUGAUUUUUGGGCCGGAAUGGGGGCGAUAAGCGCCUUAUGAAGGAUGCAAUGAUGAAGCUGUUGUAAAGUGUUUGAAGAUGACACUGGAAACACCAACGAGCGGGAACUUCGAUGAUGACUUCGAGAGGGAUCUUGACGCUUUGAUCCGAGAGCAGCAGAACAGUAGAGCUGCUACCUUUGAUCUGGGCCUGGAUGAGCUGAAUAUUCUUCGUUCCGGCAGUGCGCCGCCCACGGUUGAUGAUUCAAGAACAGCCAUUUGGAGCUUGUUUGGGCACGAUGGUUUUCGGGAGACGACCCGCCACUUAAGGGUCCAGGAUUCUGGAGGCUUGCUGUCUGAGGAGGAUUUGAGGUCGCAUCCAGACUAUUUAUCCUACUAUUUUUCCAACGAGAAUCACAAUCCGAGGAUGCCUCCUCCAGCAAUGUCGAAAGAGGACUGGCGUGUCCAACAAAGAUUUCAUCCCAGUGGGUCUUCAUUGGGAGGGAUCGGUGAUAGGAGGCGAAGAAAUGAAUACAUGAAAAAUGACAGCCAAAGCAGCUCCCUUUUUUCUGUUCAGCCAGGCUUAGAGAUGCUAGAUUCACAGAAGCUGUCCAGGGAGUGGUUUGAGCAGAAUAGCAAUGUACUUAUUGGACCACCAGACUCUGGUUUAGGCACAAGGAGGAAAAAUUCUGCUGAUGUCUUGCAGGAGGAACUUGUCUAUCCACCUGUCACUGGACUUCUUUCACGCCCAGUUAGUUGUAAUGAUUAUGAUAAUAUUGAUUCGUUAAGAGCUUCAGAAUCAUCAAUGAUGAAGCUUCAGAAUGACUUGAAUGGUUUAGGGGAAAUGCAAUUUGGAUCAACUUCCUCCAGUCUUACUAAGGUCCACAGCCUUGGAUCCUCAAUCAAUCACUCUUUAGUAUCUACACUAGGUUCUUCUCUUUCUAGAAGUACAACCCCUGAUCCUCAAUUAAUACGAAGAUCACCAAGCCCCUGCCUCCCCCCAGUGGGAACAAAAAGUAGUAAUAGCAAUAGACCAAAUGGCUUAGGUGGUGUUUCAUCUCAUGCAUCUGGUAUCAACAUUGAAACCACUUUCUCUGAAUUGAACUUGUCUAGAAUGAAACCAAAAGAGAGAGAGAGCAAUGUGCUAUGUCUGCUUAACAAGGAUAUUGCUAGCCAAUCUGAACUGCUUUCUAAUGCCCUCAGUGAUAAUAUACAGUUUCUGCAUCAAAAAGUUAGUGAGAAGUCUCAGUCAGCAUUGUUAGAAAGUGCUCUUGAUGAUGUUGGGUAUUUUGAUGCCUCCAAGAAAACUAGUAGAUUGACAGACGUUGAAUUAGCUAGAUUAACUUCUAAUGGACAAACAUACUUUCCAAAGCAGCCAUCUUAUGAGAAAGUGCAAUCUGCUGGUUCAGCAAUUUCUAAAAGUGCACGUCUAAAUGUUGAUGUGCCUGAUACUGAUUACAACAGAGAGAACUCAGAAGAAUAUACAGGCAGUAGCUAUGGUGUACAAAUGAUGUUAAACAGCCAGUUUGGUUCUGAUAUACAAUAUAAUUCAUCUGGGAACCAUGUAGAUACUGGUCUAUAUGGGCCAUCUACAGGUUCCAUGUACAGACAAUAUUUGCAUGGUACUUCUGAUUCACAAGUACAUCCUCCAGGAAGUUUGGAUCCUUAUUUAGGACAAAAUUACCUUAAUACCCACCAAUUGGAUUUACCUGAAUAUUCACAUCUUUACCUGGAAGCAUUGCUUGCACAGCAGAAUUUACAGUAUGGCAUGCACCUCAAAUCAGAUAGCUCGAAUCAUGGUUACUAUGGUAGUCAUGCUUAUGGUAUUGCAAUGCCAUAUUUAGGAGGUUCAUUGACUAGUAAUGCUCAUUCUCCUUUGCCUACUGGGAACCCUCUGAGGCAAAAUGAUCAGUUAUCUCAUACCCUUUCCAUGUUGAGAAGGGCAGCUGGAGAAAAUGGUAGCAUGAGAGAAGGCUAUAUGUUACCAUCUUUGUUGGAAGAAUUUAAGAACAAGAAGACAUUACUUUUGGAGCUAUCAGAUAUUGUAGGUCAUGUUGUUGAGUUCAGUGCGGAUCAGUAUGGCAGUCGCUUUAUCCAACAACAACUUGAGACUGCCUCAGUUGAAGAAAAGAACAAAAUUUUCCCUGAGAUACUCCCUAAAGCUCAUUCUCUAAUGACUGAUGUGUUUGGGAACUAUGUCAUUCAGAAAUUCUUCGAGCAUGGUACAGAAAUUCAAAGAAAGCAACUCGCAAGUCAUCUUAAGGGCCAUGUUUUACGUCUCAGUCUUCAAAUGUAUGGCUGUAGAGUAAUCCAGAAGGCGUUAGAGGCGGUUGAUGUUGAUCAAAAGACUGAAAUGGUACUAGAGCUUGAUGGACAUAUAAUGAAAUGUGUUCGUGAUCAGAAUGGAAACCACGUAAUCCAGAAGUCUAUUGAAUGUGUUCCUCAGGAGAAGAUUCGAUUUAUCAUUGAAUCUUUUUACGGACAUGUUCUAGCACUGUCUACCCAUCCAUAUGGAUGCCGGGUUAUACAGAGAGUGCUUGAAUACUGUGAUGAUCUAAAAACACAAAGCAUUAUGAUGGAGGAGAUCAUGCAGUCGGUUUGUAAUUUAGCACAAGACCAAUAUGGUAACUAUGUUAUCCAGCAUGUUCUGAAGCAUGGUAAACCAGAAGAGCGGUCCGUCAUCAUUAGCAACCUUGCCGGACAGAUUGUAAAAAUGAGCCAACAGAAAUAUGCAUCUAAUGUCAUCGAGAAGUGCUUGGCUUAUGGCACUGCUAAGGAACGGCAAAUCCUAAUAAGCGAGAUGCUUGGCUCAACAGAUGAAAAUGAACCUCUGCAGGCUAUGAUGAAAGACCAAUUCGGGAAUUACGUUGUACAAAAGGUUCUUGAGACAAGCGACGAUCGAAAUCGUGAACUCAUCCUUUCGCGCAUCAAGGUUCACUGGAAUGCCUUGAAGAAGUACACAUAUGGAAAGCAUAUAGUUGCUCGCGUCGAGAAGCUUAUUGCCACCGGAGAAAGGCACAUUGGAGUGUCAUCACGCUGAUCGCGAGACGUGAAACUGCAGCACAACUGUACAGAUAAUGAGGCUAGUGUUCGACUCGUCUUUUCCAGUAUAAAAGGUGCUUCCGCUAUCUGCCGAUGUAAAUAAAAGAUAGGCAUCUUGAAAUAAGAAUUUUCCUGAGCCUGUGUAUAUGUGCACUUGUAUUUAUUCAAGCAACAGAAAUAGAAAAGCAAUGCCCUAAAUGAUGGUUAGAUUAGCAGAAUGGGAGGCGAGGUGAUACGUCUGGCAUUCGAGAGGAAUUAACACUAUAGAACUUCUGUAAAGUCGUGUAGUAGUGGUCGCGGGGCGCUGUUCUAUCGAGAAGGUGCCUGCAUUCAAACUUUUUCUAUAAAUUUGCUGAUGAAAAGCCUUGUUCAAUGUCGAUGUCAUGGCGGCAGUCUCAGCAUCCUAUUGAACUAGAGUUUAAGAGUGUUUCUUUUGCUACUUUAUGUACGAUAGAUCUUGUUCUUCUAACAAAGGUCACUCCAUAUUUCGGAGUAUUUCCGAUGAUUAAA